CUGCCGCUGCCGUUGUCGCCGCCGCUGCCGCCGGGGCUGAAUGGGGGGGCCGAGGCCGGCCAGUGGCACCCAGAAAAAAGAGACGCGGCGGCGGCGACGCCGACACUCACAGGGCGAGUAUUCCGGUCCACCAGCGAACUUCAAGAGGCGGUGACGAAGCCCAGCCCCCGCAGCGCCUGGUGUAAAGAAGCCGCCUUCGGCCUCCCUUUCGCGGCCCGGACUCCCCGGGCUCAAUUCCCUCAGGUCUCGUCUACAAUCCGUGCUGCACCAUGUUCAAGAAACUGAAGCAGAAGAUCAGCGAAGAGCAGCAGCAGCAUCAGCAGCAGCAGCAGCUCCAGCAGGCGCUAGGUCCUAGUCAGGCUUCCUCCAAUUCUUCAACACCAACAGGAACUAGGAGCAGGACAUCUUCAUUUACAGAGCAACUUGAAGAAGUUAUUCCCAAUAGAGAGCUACUAGCCGGGAUGAUAGCAGAGCCUGCUUUUCUCUCUGAGUAUACUAUAUUUGCUUUGGAUUCCUCCAAACAGCCUAAAACACAGAACGAUACUGUGAAUGCAUCUACUCCUGCCACAAAAUCUCCCAACAGUGUUAAUGGAAGUGAACCAGCCACGCCUCAGUCAGGUGACACACAGAGUUUUGCACAGAAGCUCCAGCUCCGGGUGCCUUCUGUGGAGUCCUUGUUUCGAAGUCCAAUAAAGGAAUCUCUAUUCCGAUCUUCUUCAAAAGAAUCUUUGGUACGAACGUCUUCCCGAGAGUCCCUGAAUCGACUUGACUUGGACUGUUCUGCUGCCGCCUUUGAUCCACCCUCUGACAUGGAGAGUGAGGCAGAAGACUCACCAGGGAAUUCAGACAGUCUCAGCAAAGAACAGUUGAUGCAGCGACUGCGAAGGAUGGAAAGAAGCUUAAGUAGCUACAGAGGAAAAUAUUCUGAGCUUGUUACAGCUUACCAGACUCUUCAGAGAGAGAAGAAAAAGCUACAAGGUAUAUUAAGUCAGAGUCAGGAUAAAGCACUUCGUAGAAUUGGAGAAUUAAGAGAGGAGCUUCAAAUGGACCAACAAGCAAAAAAACAUCUUCAAGAGGAGUUUGAUGCAUCUUUAGAGGAGAAAGAUCAGUAUAUCAGUGUUCUCCAAACUCAGGUUUCUCUCUUGAAACAACGAUUACGAAAUGGUCCAAUGAAUGUUGAUGCACUAACGUCACCUUCUCAGAUGGAACCACAAGCCAAAGCCUUCCCUAAAGAAGAGAACAUAGAGGGUGGUGUAGAGCCAGUCGUGGGAGAUAGAUCUUCUGCUAAAACACCGGAAACACUGCAGCAAAGAAUUAAGCGUCAAGAAAAACUACUUCAGCGCUGUAAAGAAACAAUUCAGUCACAUAAGGAACAAUGUACUCUAUUAACCAGUGAAAAAGAAGCACUACAAGAACAACUUGAUGAAAGACUUCAAGAACUAGAAAAGAUGAAGGAGCUUCAUAUGGCUGAGAAGACUAAACUUAUCACUCAGUUGCGUGAUGCAAAGAACUUAAUUGAACAACUUGAACAAGAUAAGGGAAUGGUAAUAGCAGAGACAAAGCGUCAGAUGCAUGAAACAUUGGAACUGAAAGAAGAAGAAAUUGUUCAGCUUCGUAGUCACAUUAAACAGAUGACCACCCAGGGAGAGGAAUUACGGGAACAGAAAGAAAAAUCUGAAAGAGCCGCUUUUGAGGAACUUGAAAAGGCCUUGAGUACAGCCCAAAAAACAGAAGAGGCACGGAGAAAAAUGAAAGAAGAAAUGGAUGAACAAAUAAAAGCUAUUGAAAAAGCAAGUGAGCAGGAACGCACCAGUCUUCAACAGGAAUUAAGUCGGGUGAAACAGGAAGUUGUUGACAUAAUGAAAAAAUCCUCAGAAGAACAAAUUGCCAAGUUACAGAAACUGCAUGAAAAUGAGCUAAUCAGCAAAGAGCAAGAAUUGACCAAGAAGUUUCAGGCCCGAGAAAGGGAAUUAGAGGAUCAAAUGAAAGUAGCUCUUGAGAAGAGUCAAUCAGAAUAUUUGAAGAUCGCUCAAGAAAAAGAGCAGCAAGAAUCUCUGGCCCUGGAAGAGUUAGAGUUACAGAAAAAAGCGAUUCUCAGAGAGAGUAAAAAUAAACUUCAGCAUCUUCAACAAGAAGCCGAAACUUACAGGACUAGAAUUCUAGAAUUGGAAAGUUCUUUGGCAAAAAGCUUGCAAGAAAACAAAAAUCAAUCAGAAGAUUCAGCUGUUCAUUUGGAAGCUGAAAAAAAUAAGCACAAUGAAGAACUUAAAAUCAUGACUGAAAAACAUACAGCAGAACUGGAGAGUCUGCAGCAUCAGCAGGAUAAUCUUUGGACUGAAAGACUCCAAAUCUUAAAGCAACAGCAUCAGACUGAGAUGGAAAAAUUUAAAGAAAAGUGUGAACUAGAAAAAGAAACCUUACUGAAAGAGAAAGAGAGUCUCUUCCAGGCUCACAUAGAAGAGAUGAAUGAAAAGACUUUAGAAAAGCUUGAUGUAAAGCAAACAGAACUGGAAUCAUUAUCUUCUGAACUGUCAGAAGUAUUAAAAGCCCGUAACAAGCUGGAAGAGCAACUUUCUGUUCUAACACAUCAAACAGAUCAAAUGAAGCAGGAAUUAGAGGCCAGGCUGGAUGAAGAGAAAAAUCAACAUCAGCAGCAUGUUGACAGAAUCAUUAAAGAACGAGAAAUGUCUAUGCAGAGAACUGAGAAGGCAUUAGAAGAGCAAAUUAAUGAACUGGGGCUUCUAUUAGAGGAAAAGAACAAGCAUUUGAAAGAACAGCAGGCUCAUAUAGAAAAUUUACAGGCAGAAAUUGAAAAAUCCAAAGGGGAACUCCAGCAGGCAUCUACUACACUGGAUCUUAUUCAGUCACAACAGAGCACAACACAUGAACAGGCAAAAGCAUAUGAGCAGCACGUGGCCCGGUUGCAAGAGAAGAUACUGAACUUGGAAAGAGAAAAAUUUGUUCUUACCAGUCAGAUAGCUGAAGUUGAAACACAGAAUAAAAAUGUUUGUAUUGAGUUAGAUACUCAUAAAACACAGGUGCAAGACUUAAUGCAGCAACUUGAAAAACAGAAUAGUGAAAUGGAGCAAAAACUAAAAUCCUUAACACAGCUGUAUGAGUCCCAACUUAAAGAUAGUAAUGUUGAACAAGAGAAGACAAAGCAAAUGUUGAUAGAAAAAGAAAACACAAAUUUGCAAAUAAGAGAAGAACAAUGUAAAGAAAUUGAGAUUCUCAAGCAAAAAUUGUCAGCCAAGGAGGACAGUAUUAAUACAUUGCAUGAGGAAUAUGAAACUAAAUUUAAAAAUCAAGAAAAGAAGAUGGAAAAAAUUAAGCAGAAAGCAAAGGAGACACAGGAAACAUUAAAGAAGAAACUGGUGGAUCAGGAAGCCAAACUUAAAAAAGAGCUUGAAAAUACUGUCCUAGAGCUUAGUCAGAAAGAAAAGCAGUUCAAUGCCAAAAUAUUGGAAAUGUCACAGGCUAACUCAGCUGAAAUCAAUGAUGCAGUGUCAAGACUUGAAACAAACCAGAAGGAGCAAAUAGAAGGUCUCUCAGAGGUACAUCAGCAAGAACUCAAUGAUGUUGUCUCAAGCUGGGAAAAGAAACUUAAUGAACAAGCUGAAGAACUUCAGGAAAAAUAUGAAAUCCAAUUACAAAAGAAAGAACAAGAGAUAGCAGAACUGAAACAAAAGAUCCAUAUAUGUGGGUAUGAAAAAGAAGAGAUGAAUAACAAAAUAACAUUGCUGAAGGAAGAAGGUGUUAAGCAGGAUGGAGCAUUAAAUGACUUGCAGGAACAGUUGAAUCAAAAGUGUGUUCAUAUGACUACUCUUUCACAAAAUGAAACUAAACUCAGAGCACAACUUGAAAAGCUAGAGGUUGACUUGAAUCAUUCUUUGAAAGAAAAUACUUCUCUUCAGGAGCAACUAAUUGAACUGCAAAUGCUGACAGAAAAAGAUAAGUUUAAGGUUUCUGAGCUGACAGAUAAGUUGAAAACCAAGGAUGAGGAAUUGCAGAGCUUAAAAUCUUUACAUGAAACAAGUAAGAAAAGCCUAGAGAACAAGAGCUUAGAAUUCAAAACACUGUCUGAGGAACUAACAUUUCAGGUAGAUACUUACUGUAAGAAAACUGAAGCUUUAUUGGAAGCUAAAACAAAUGAACUACUAGACAUUUGUGAUAAUAAAACUAAUGCCAUUGUUGUUAGGAUUUCUCAUUGUCAGCAUCACACAACUAAAGUUAAGGAGGCACUGCUGAUGAAAAUUUGCAGAAUUUCUGAAUUAGAAGUACAACUCAGACAACUAACAGAAGAGCAAAAUACACUAAGUACUUCUUUUCAACAGGCCACCCAUCAGUUAGAAGAGAAGGAAAAUCAAAUUAAGAGCAUGAAAGCUGAAAUUGAAGGUCUUGUAACAGAAAAGGAAGCCCUACAGAAGGAAGGAGGCAAUCAACAACAGGUUGCCUCAGAAAAAGAGUCAUGUAUCACACAGCUAAAAAAAGAACUAUCUGAAAACAUCAAUGCUGUCACACUGAUGAAAGAAGAGCUUACAGAAAAGAAAUCUGAGAUGGUCAUUCUUAGACAACAGCUAACUGAUUUGAAUGCUCAGCUUCAGAAUAGUAUCAGCCUAACUGAAAAAGAAGCAGCCAUUUCCUCACUAAGUAAGCAAUAUGAUAAACAACAACAUGAAUUACAGGACCAGGUGCAAGAUUUAUCCUUGAGAGUUGAUACUCUGAGUAAAGAAAAAAAUUCUGCUCUUGAGCAGGUGGAUCACUGGUCUAACAAAUUCUCAGAAUGGAAGAAAAAAGCACAAUUAAAGUUUGUACAGUAUCAAAACACUAUUAAAGAAUCUCAAAUGCAGCUUGAGUUAAAAACAAAGGAAGCUAGUGAAAAAGAUGAGUGCAUUCAUUUAUUGAAGGAAGACCUUAAUCAACAAAAGAAACAAUUUGAAUGUCUAAAGUGUGAAAUGGAAGAUAACAAGAACAAGAUGGAAAAAAAGGAAUGUGAUUUAGAGACAGAGUUAAAGACUCAAACAGCAAGGAUUACGGAAUUAGAGAAUCAUAUUACUCAGAAAACAACUGAAAUUAAAUCUUUAAAUGAACUUGUUAAAAAUUACAAUCAACAGAAAGAUAAUGAACAGAAAGAAUUGGUUCAGAAACUUAAGUACUUUCAAGACUUAGGAGAAGAAAAGGACAACAGGAUUAAAGAAGUUGAGGAAAAAGUCUUAAGGCUUGAAAAGCAAAUGUCUUUUAUGGAAGUUGAACUUGAAACUAAGAAGAAAGAAUUGGAAUCUGCGAAUUCAAAUGUGAAAAACAAAGAAGAGGAAUUAAAAGCAUUGGAAGAUAAAGUUGAGUUAGAAAGUGCCACAAAAAUAGCAGAACUGAAGAAAAAAGCAGAACAAAAAAUUGCUGCUAUCAAGAAGCAGUUGUUGUCUCAAAUGGAGGAGAAAGAACAGCAAUAUAAAAAAGGUACAGAAAGCCAUUUGAAUGAGCUAAGUAAAAAAUUGCAAGAAAGAGAGAAGGAGAUUCACCUCUUAGAAGAAAAACUUCAGUUAUUAGAAAAUUCUCCACAAUCAGAAAUAGUAGAAAAUAUGACUACAUGUACUGAACAAAAAGAAGCAGAUCCCCAAAGCAUUGAGCAAGAAGCAUAUGAAGAAAAAAUCAAUGCUUUACAAAGGAGUUUAAUUGAAAAAGAAAAUGUGCUGCAAAAGAUAGAACAGGAAAAAGAGGAGACAGUUACAUCGUCUCAUUCUGAAGUGCAAGGCAAAUGCCAGGAGGUCUUGUUAAAGUUAGAACAUGCUGAGGCAAAACAACAGGAGGGUCAAGUUCUUCAAGAAGAACUUAAAGAAAAAAAGAAAAAGUCCUUAAUAGUAUCUCAGCAUGUAAAAGAAGAGGGAAGUAAAAAUAACAAAGGGGCAAAGCAAAACUGGGAAAAUGUGGUUUACGAUGUCCAAGAAACCCUCCAGGAAAAGGAACUAACCUGUCAGAUGCUGGAGCAAAAGAUAAAAGAGCUAGACUCUUGUUUAUUAAGAGAGAAGGAGGUGCAUAGACUUGAAAUGGAAGAGUUGAUUUCAAAAUGUGAAAAAUUACAGGCUUUACAGCAACACAUUGAUGGACAAAAUAAACUCACUGAAGUUUUGAAAGACAAUACUGAAGAAAAUUCCAAAUCACAUACGAUGCAACCCAAAUUGCUUUGUAACUUGGAAGCCCAGCACAGUGACCCACAGUUUAAAUUAGCAGAAGCAGAGCGAGAAAAGCAGAAACUGAGCAUGGAGAUUGUUAGAUUACAGAAAGACCUUCGAACUCUAAGGAAGGAGCAUCAGCAAGAAUUAGACACACUAAAGAAAGAAUGUGAACAGGAAAUGAAGGAAAAAAUCAAACAAGAGCAGGAAGAUCUUGAGUUGAAGCACAAUUCUACAUUAAAACAGCUGAUGAGGGAGUUUAAUACCCAGCUGGCACAAAAAGAACAGGAGCUGGAAAUGACCAUAAAAGAUACUAUCAGUAAGGCCCAGGAGGUGGAAACUGAACUUUUAGAAAGCCAUCAAGCAGAGACAAAUCGAUUACAAAAAAAAAUUGCAGAGAAGGACGAUGAUCUGCAAAGAACAGCCAAAAGAUAUGAAGAAAUCCUUGAUGCACGUGAAGAAGAAAUGACUGCGAAAGUAAUGGACUUGCAAACUCAACUUGAGGAACUGCAGAAAGAAUAUCAGCAAAAACUACAGCAAGAGGAAAAUGCUGGCAAUGAUAAUGCGACAAUUAUGGCACUACAGACACAACUAGCACAGAAGACGACUGUUAUCAAUGAUUCCAAGUUGAAAGAGCAAGAGUUUAGAGAACAGAUUCACAAUUUAGAAGACCGUUUGAAGAAAUAUGAAAAGAAUAUGUAUGCAACAACUAUCGCAACACCUUAUAAAGGUGGCAAUUUGCACCAUACUGAUGUCUCGCUCUUGGGAGAACCAACUGAGUUUGAGUAUUUACGAAAAGUACUCUUUGAGUAUAUGAUGGGUCGUGAGACUAAGACCAUGGCAAAAGUUAUAACUACCGUACUAAAGUUCCCUGAUGAUCAGACUCAGAAAAUUUUGGAAAGAGAAGAUGCGCGGCUAAUGUUUACUUCACCUCGCAGUGGUAUCUUCUGAGUAAACCAUCAGUCUGUGCUUAGUUAGCAUGUGUCAUGGCUUCGAUCUUCAUCUUGAAGAAAUGGGGAGAGUGAUAUUGGGCAACUGCUGCUUGGAAGACUGUCCUUGUAUGUUCAUUCAUUCGAGAAUGAAGAUGUCAUUUAGGGUUCUUCUUGUAGCCAGACGCAAAGCAAGAUCUGACAUUGGCCCAUAGAUAUAUUUUAGACUGCUUUUAAAAGAGAUUUAUUUUAUUGAUGGAGAAAUGGUGAUAGUUUUUUCCUUUUUUCUUCAGUUUUCUGUUGGGAAGAAUUUUAUGUCAUUUGAAAGAUAUUUUGAAUAACUCACCCUGAUUUAUCAGCUCAAUUAAUGUUCCUUUCAUUCUUGUUUUCCCUCUUUUUAAAGAAUUGCUUGCCUUAUUUAUUUUUACGGUGAUUUUUCCCUCUCUUUUUAAAGAUCUGUGCAAUACAUUUUGAGGUGAAACAGUGGAUUUUUUCUAAUAAAUGAUAGUAUUUAAUUGACUAUGACCCAGAUUGAUUCUUGAAUAUUUGCUAAAGAGUAGUAUUUAAGCUUUGACAUAUGAUAAAUCCCAAAUGGCAGUACCUCAUUGUUUACUUAGCUUUUGUACUUAUAUUUUUCAGAGCAAAAAAUACUACUGUAAAUUGUAAAUAAUCAAUACAAAUAGUAUGCAAAUCUGUGACUGUUGGCAGUGUCAUCUUGGAGGAGCAGAUAAAUAAAGUUUUAUUUACUAUAUAAAA